GAUGGGGGAAAAUGUAAGUGUUUCUGAAAAGCAGGGGAAUGGCCUCAUUAGCUGGGAUUUAAGUGGAUACAGUAAGUGGAUGCUCCGGCCAUCAACUUCAGCCAACAGGUCUGCACCAGCCUUGUAGCGCGUGAACUGCUGAGCAAGAAAGGACCAGGAGUCGAAUCUACCCAUUCUCAAUCUGCAAGGCGCAGCCGGCAUGGACGGGCGGCUGUUGGGGACGCUCUGCGGCCUGGUGGUCUUGCUCAGCUGCGGCGCGGCCGUGGAACCGGCGCCCUCCAGAGAGUCCGGCGCUCUCCAGCCCACCCCCGCGCCCCCCGGGCUCAGCGCCGCCGCCCCGGUGCCCGGCAGCCUGGACAGACGGGGCGCCAACCUGUCACGCCCGCCGCCGCUGUGCCCGCGACGGCCGGAGAUCAAGGAGUCCUUCAAGUACGUCAACACCCUGGUGGCCUGCCUGGUCUUCGUGCUGGGCAUCAUCGGCAACUCCACGCUGCUGCGCAUCAUCUACAAGAACAAGUGCAUGCGCAACGGGCCCAACAUCCUCAUCGCCAGCUUGGCCCUGGGCGACCUGCUCCACAUCACCAUCGACAUCCCCAUCAACUUGUACAGGCUCCACUCUGGAGGAAACUGGCCAUUUGGGGUGGAAAUAUGUAAACUGGUCCCCUUCAUUCAGAAGACAUCAGUGGGCAUCACGGUGUUAAGUUUAUGUGCUCUCAGCAUUGACAGGUAUCGGGCAGUAGCUUCCUGGAGCCGGAUCAAGGGAAUUGGAGUGCCCAAAUGGACAGCCGUAGAAAUCGCCUUGAUCUGGGCCACGUCUCUAGUCUUAGCCAUUCCUGAAGCAAUAGGCUUCGAUAUGAUUGUUUACGAAUAUAGAGGGGAGAACAUUCGAACUUGUCUACUAAAUCCCCGGCAAAAAACACCUUUCAUGCAGUUCUACAAGGAAACUAAAGAUUGGUGGUUAUUUAGCUUUUACUUCUGUUUGCCGCUGGCAAUCACUGCCAUCUUCUAUACCUUGAUGACCUGCGAGAUGCUAAGAAAAAAGAGUGGGAUGCAGAUUGCUUUAAAUGACCACUUAAAACAGAGACGAGAAGUGGCCAAAACUGUGUUCUGCUUAGUGCUUGUUUUUGCGUUGUGUUGGCUUCCCCUUCACCUUAGUAGAAUAUUGAAGCUCACCGUUUACAAUGCCAGUGACCCCAAUAGAUGUGAAUUCUUGAGCUUUUUACUGGUCCUGGACUACAUUGGUAUUAACAUGGCAUCUCUGAAUUCCUGCAUUAAUCCUAUCGCUCUCUAUUUUGUAAGCAAAAGAUUCAAGAACUGCUUUAAGUUGUGCCUGUGUUGUUGGUGUCAGUCCAAAGAUAUGCUGUCCUUGGAAGAGAAACAGUCCUGCCUAAAGUUCAGAGCUAUUGAUCAAGGAUAUGACAAUUUCCGCUCCAGUAACAAGUACAGCUCAUCUUAAAGGAGGCAGCGUUACCCUCGGCUCAGGCAUGCCAUUUCCGAGGCCUUGCUUUGUGGGUGGGUGACAAGGACUGUUAACAAGAAAAACUCUCGGGCUUCUGAAAACCCUACAUUUGGCAUUGGCACCAAAAAGCAAAUCGGUCUGUAUCUCGUAAUUGUGCCUAGUGUCUGUAACUACUGGAGCAUCAGCAGAAAGGGGGGGGAGCAACCCCUUGUUAAAGUACUUAAAGUCUUCAGAAUGAGCACUUCCAGAUCUGCUGUAAAUCCCCUAAACUAAAUCACUGUGUAUUCAUUGGAGUAGCCCUGGAAGGCUGAGUAAUAAUUCUUAGUAUAUAGCACAGCAUGAAUCUUGGCAGAACAGAGCCACCAUUGUCUGUAAAUCACUGUAUCCUUU